AUGCCGACAACCUCUCAGGGCAUGCAGAGCUUGGCACUGUCCACUUCGGGUCAGGGUCAAGCAAGUAGUGCUCAAGUGCUCGAAUUCGUAUGCCUCUUUACCCAUGAUCUGAAGAGGAAACAAAAACGCUGGCAAGAUGGGCGUCUCAAGUUCCAUUCUUUUAACCAGCGGAUCAUGGUCUACGAUGAGCGGGGAAACUUCAUUGGUGACACUCAUUGGCGUGAGGACUAUGAGUUCGGGGAUGGUGAGGAAGUCCAACUGGAGCGCGGCGGCAUUCUCGUGCAGACAUCGGAAUGUGUUGGAAGCCGCAACCAGGACUUGUCUGAGUUGAUUGACAAGCGGGUCCAGGAGAAGGUCCAACGACAAUCCACUGCCGCUGCUCGCACGUCAAGACCAAGACCAGCUCCAAGCGGAGGAAUGCCCGUUGUUCCUCCAGCAGGGACACCUCAUUUUCAGCUACGACAUACUCCAUUGCAUGGCCUCGUAUCGCCUACGGGGCACCAUGGUCGCGCAUUGGUCCCAAGCGAAUCGCCGUUUGAGCAACGUCAAAGAAUGAAUGUUCAAGAAUCGCCGGGUCUGCAAGAAGAGAGCCCACAUCCAGCCAAGCGACGCAGAAGAGAAGCUUCGCCACCAAGCAAGAGCGGAUAUGCACAAAGCCUCUUCGGUGCGAUACUCACGCUGUCUGGGCGCCCUAUGAGCAGCGCACCAAUUCGCCAUAAAGCCAUGUCUUCCCAAACGCAUCGUCAAGAACAUGAUACUCCAGUUUCAUCUGCUUUGAGCAUGCAGGAUAUCGAUGGUGAUGAGGUACACGAAGUAUCUCUACAAGCGAAAAGUAAGCCUCACCAAGGCGUUCCACUUUCCGAGAGAGAACCUGCAGCCAUCAAUACUUCAAGACCUCACUCCGAAGCUCUCGUAGGGAAGGAUGCAAGGUCUAAAGCAAACAUAACGUCUUUGCUACACCAAAGCCGGCCUCAAGUGCCAAGAAUUGUCGAUAAACCUCGAAAAGCUCCUCUUGCGAAGUCCAGGAGUGCAAACCACUUUAUUGAGUCUGAUAAUGAGGUUGAUACAGUGCCUAUGGAAGAAAACACCGCCAAGUUGGGUCGGCAAAAGAGGUCCACCACGCAUUACAAUGUACAGGACCAGCCGCGCCCGAAAGUUAAAGCGCCCACGGAUGAGUCUGCUGCUCCAUUGGAUGCCUCAACAGAACCAAGAUACCCGAACAAUUCCCAACGAUAUAAGGCUAUAGUCGACGAACUUGAUCCUCUUUUGCGACCCUCGCCCGUUGGGCGCAAGCUCUCGAUACCCGGAGAGACCACCAAAUCACGAGGCAAGCAGCUCAGAAGCACAGAAAAUUCGGAUUCUGUAAUUGAGAAGCCAGUGGUACGUGAGCCUCGAAUAGAAUUACGAAUAGGACCAAGUAAGAGAAGGGGGCUUCUGAUGAUCUCUGAAAAAGGCAGCAAGAAGGCUCGCAAGCCCAACAAAUCUGAAUCACAAGCCAACUCUAGCCACUUUGGUUCUCCCCAAACGGUAUCGAGUGAGCAGAAUGGAAAAUCUCUUGUUUUAACUGAUGACCAUCCUUCAAAGCGUGGCGUGGCUGGUUCAGUACAACGCGAUGAGCGUGUUGGUCGGCAGCCAUUUAACGACAACCCAAUUCUUAUAGAUGACGAUGUGCCUAAAGAAGGCGCCACGAUUUCCGAUAUAAAGAAGACAAAGAGCUCUCACAGGAAUGCCGACGGCUCAAGUCAUGGAUUCACAAACUCCAGCACAGAGGAAGAAUUAGCACGCGUUGACACGCUGAAUUUUGCUCCAGAAAGGAAAACUGUUACUCGACAUUCUGUCAUGUCAGCGAAUGGGGAGAGCUGUAGCAAAUAUGGUUCCAGCAAUGCUGAAGUGCUUGUAAAGAAGCGACCAAACAAAGAUUCGGGAUGCAAAGAAAGCCCUGAAAGGCGUAGUAAAUGUACACGCCUGGCGGCAAAGGUCGUGGAAGACAGUCAUGAAGUUCCAGCAAGAAAGAAGGGAGAAGAGAAGGACCUUGAAGACAUAUUCAGUCGGCAACCUGGAAAUGCACCCCCACCACGACUCGCACAACUUUCCAGGAAAAGUGUACGCAGUAAAGAAGUUAUCGGGUUGUUCUUCGAGGAUGAUGAUAAUGAUGGCCCAUUGUUCCAACCGAAGCGCGAUGUGCCUAAUAUCCAACAAGUGAGUGUGGAAGCGCGGAUGAGAUCUCCAGCAGCCACGAGACCCUCCACGUUGUAUGAAGAACGGGGAACAACCCCAUUGAUGAAUGUUGCGGCUAUGGUGGCAAGCUCAUUGCCUCAUAAUCAACAACUCCAGAGCUACGCUGAUACAUACGAAAUGGUGGCAACGAAUCCCGUCAAGGAUGCCAAAGGAAACAUGGAUUUAGAGGCAGCGCCUUCGAAGCCGGUAGAGAUUCCUGCACAAGAUCGACGUAACUCACCAUUGCCCAGCGACUUGCCUGCUGCAAAUUCGAAGCUCCUAACCAGAGCCAGCAUGAACUUGGCAUCUUCCAAACACGCGAAACUUGCACCAUCAGAGGCAGUCAUAGCAGAGGUCGAGAGCGUCGUUACCUCUGAAAAUCGGCAGGGUCGUUCUGCUUUAGUCGCGGAAGCAGAUUCAGAAACUCCUGAAAUGGCUAAAAAGAUUACGACCACUUUGGAGAAUACCAAGCACCCGUCACUUGAGGGGGUCUUGACACAGAUUCCGCCUGCUAUUAAUCGUACAGACCAACCAAGCGAUUCAGUCACGAAUGCAAACCCGAAAAGCCAAAGUUUUCAUGGCCCUGAUACCUUGGCAAAACGUAACAACGAUCUACAAGCGUCUCGCAGUACUGAGGUUGUGGAAACGACUCGUCCGAUACCAAGAAAGCAACCUGAAACUCUUUAUAAUGUGUCGCUUAAAACCGAGGUGCUGGAAGGUGACAAGCACAGAGAGACAACGAAUUCGCUGGUGCACAUUGCGAAACCGGUACCGAGGAUAGUAAACCCUGCUACACGUGGAAAGAAGGCUGCGAAGCGGACUGAUGCAGCGGGACAAAUCCCCGAGCGUGUUAUUCCCACAGAUGACCGAGUCCUUGUGCGUGUUGCAAACAACCCAGCGAAAGAACAAUCGAAUGCGCUACCAGGAUUUUCAAAAGCAAAUGGUGGCCCUUGGAGCAGGGAGGCACACGACUUAUUCGAGUAUAAACGCCCUAGUUGA